UGUUGAAUUGCUUAAAUAGGUGAGGAGCGACAGCCUCUCCUUUCUCUGGAAACAGCCAAGGGGGAGGGAGGAGUUUAAACAAAGGCCCUCUCCACAUAAAAAAAUGGAGGCUUGUGCAGAGAAGCCAUGGUGUCCUGCUCUGUCUACAUGCUGCCAUUUCUACUGCUAAAGCCUUCAAAUCAGACGACCACUGCCAGAUUCUACACUUGGAAGCUUAAACACGUUGUUACAUGGGGUUUUGCUGCCCCUGCCUGCACUGAACAAAGAUAAUUACUCAGGAAACAUUUCGGCCAAUCAGACGCAGCCUUGUAUCCUGCCUGUGAGGAGAGCGACCAGUCAGGAUCUGGCUAACAUCACUGGGGCCUGAUCGCCUUGCCUGAAGAGCGGAGCCUUCCCCGGCUGAGGGCUGAGAGUGUCCUCCAUGUUUUAUAAGUGUUGACAUAACAGUGUGUCAGGCAGCCAUGCAUCCACAGAGUCUGGCUGAGGACGAGGUAAAGACAGAGUCUGAUGUGGUAGAGGGGAUGGAUGCAUCCGUACGAUCCAAAGUUCCUGAUCCACCAGGGCCAGCAGAGCGACUAGUGGCACCACAAAAGAGAAAGGUGUCAAGUCCCACCCAUUCCUCCAAUGGACACUCUUCCUCAGACACCUCCCCCAGCCCUAUCAAGAAAAAGAAGAAACCUGGUGCUGUCAACUGUAACAGCAAAGACCAGUCAGAGCUAAGACAUGGUCCCUUUUACUAUAUGAAGCAGCCAGCACUCACCACAGACCCUGUUGAUGUUGUACCGCAGGACGGCAGGAAUGACUUCUACUGCUGGCUGUGCCACCGCGAGGGCCAGGUGCUCUGCUGUGAGCUCUGCCCCAGGGUGUACCAUGCCAAGUGCCUCAAACUACCAGCUGAGCCCGAGGGCGACUGGUUCUGUCCAGAGUGUGAGAAAAUAACAGUCGCUGAAUGCAUUGAAACCCAGAGCAAGGCAAUGACAAUGCUGACGAUAGACCAGCUCUCCUACUUGCUCAAAUUUGCACUCCAAAAGAUUAAGCAGCCUGGGACUGAGCCUUUCCAGAAGCCUGUGUCUCUAGAACAGCACCCAGAUUAUGCAGAGUACAUUUUCCACCCCAUGGACCUGUGUACAUUAGAAAAGAAUAUCAAAAAGAAAAUGUAUGGCUGCACUGAAGCCUUCCUUGCUGAUAUGAAAUGGAUCUUACACAAUUGCAUUAUCUACAAUGGAGGUAAUCACAAAUUAACAGCAACUGCAAAAGUCAUUGUCAAGAUUUGUGAGCAUGAGAUGAAUGAGAUUGAGGUGUGUCCAGAGUGCUACCUGUCUUCAUGCCAAAAAAGGGACAACUGGUUUUGUGAGCCAUGUAGUCAACCCCAUCCACUGGUCUGGGCCAAGCUAAAGGGCUUUCCUUUCUGGCCAGCUAAAGCACUUCGGGAAAAGGAUGGGCAAGUAGAUGCGCGCUUCUUUGGACAACAUGACAGAGCCUGGGUCCCCAUCAACAACUGCUACCUCAUGUCCAAAGAGAUCCCUUUCUCUGUGAAGAAAACAAAGAGCAUUUUCAACAGUGCCAUGCAAGAGAUGGAAGUCUACGUGGAAAACAUUCGCAAGAAAUUUGGGGUUUUCAACUAUGCACCCUUCCGCACUCCCUACACACCCAAUAACCAGCUACAGAUGCUACUGGACCCCUCCAACCCUGGUGCUGGGACAGUGAAAACAGAGAAACCAGAUAAACUUCGCUUCAACUUUGACAUAACCGCAUCUCCUAAGAUGGUCCUUGGCAAGAGUUCCACACCCAGUGGGAUGAGUCGGAGGGUCUCCACGACAGACAUGCCUCGGUCUCCGAUGAGCACCAACUCCUCGGUUCAUACCGGGUCUGAUGGAGAGCAGGAUAUGGAAAAAGCCAGCAGGAAUCCUGCCUUCCAUUACAGCACUGGAGAGGAAUCAAUGGACUGCACUGCAUCUCCUGUCUCAGGAAAGAUGGGUCCUGCAGGCAGUGUGGCAGGCAGUCCAAAGCCCUUUAACUCUGGACUGGUGCCCAAGCAGGAGAGGACUGCAGGCACAGGUGGCAUCCUUAAUCUCAAUCUGGAUCGGGUGAAGGCUGAGAUGGAUCUGAAGGAGCUGAGUGAGACUGUGCAACAACAGCAACAGCAACAGCAAAAUCAGCAGCAACAGGGAGGAUCAGCUGCACUCACUGCCCCAAAAAGACCAGUCAGGAGCCUGGACAAGACUAUUGAGAACUGCAAGGCACAGCUAGGGAUAGAUGAGAUUUCCGAAGAUGUGUAUAAAGGCGUGGAUCACAGUGACUCUGAGGACUCUGAGAAGUCUGACUCGAGUGACAGCGAGUAUCUCAGCGACGAAGAACACAAGCCAAAGACCUCUGCCCAGGACGACAAGGACAAAGCAGAGAGAAAAAGACCCAAAGCAAGCACAGAGGGAGAGAUUAAGGAGGGGGUUACGGGGAGAACAGACAAAACCUCUCCUGAACCCCUUCUAAAAGACAAGCAGGGAAGCAAUGGCCCAGAUAAGGACUUACAGGACAAGCCCAGAACGCCCCAGUCAUCUCAGCCCCUCACUGACAAGCCCAAAGCCCCAGAGGAGGGCAGAGUAGCUGCUGCCUCGUCAGUGGCUGAGCAAGACUCUGACUCUGAAAGAGAGCUCGUAAUUGACCUUGGGGAUGAACAAGGCGCCCGUGACUCAAAGAGGGCGAGAAGAGAACCCGGGUCUUCUGCUGCCAAAACUCCCAAAGAGUCUAAUGUUGCCAAGUCGGAAGGUAAAGUGCCUUCAUCUGCUGCAGCAGCUACACCAUCACGAGAAGCCACAUCAAGCCUGAAAGACUCUCUGCAACCUACCAUUACAGCAGCCCUCAACCUUGUUUCCACUGCAGCUUCUGGUCACCCCGGUGCUGCUACAGCCACCAGUGGAUCCACCAGUGCUCCCUCUCCUGCCUCAACAUCAAUCUCCACGACAUCCCCCGUACCUACAGCUGUAAAGAAGCAACGCCCCCUACUGCCGAAAGAGACAGCUCAGGCAGUACAGCGGGCAGUUGUUUGGAAUCCAACCAAAUUCCAGACAUCGUCUCAGAAGUGGCAUAUGCAAAAGGUGCAGAGGCAGCAGCAGCAUGGAGAGCAGUCUGCAGUGCAGACACAGGCCCAGAGUCAGGGGCAGACACGCAGCCCACAGCAGCUGCAGUCACAACAGCAGACCUCCUCUUCCUCAAGUACCCGCUAUCAGACCAGACAAGCAGUCAAGGUGCAACAAAAAGACCUGCCUCAAAAUGCUACAUCAACAGCCGCCCAGGUCACAUCUGGUAGCUCCUCUUCUUUAAUGUCUGGAGACUUGCAGAUCCCCACUGUCUCAGCGGAUGUGGCUGCAGAUAUAGCAAAGUACACAAACAAAAUCAUGGACACAAUAAAAGGGACAAUGACUGAAAUCUACAAUGACCUUUCCAAAAGCACAUCAGGAAACACAAUUGCUGAGAUUCGGCGGUUGAGAAUAGAGAUUGAGAAGCUCCAGUGGCUGCAUCAACAGGAGUUGUCAGAGAUGAAGCACAAUCUUGAACUGACAAUGGCAGAGAUGAGGCAGAGUCUGGAGCAGGAAAGAGAACGUUUGGUGGCCGAGGUGAAAAAGCAGACGGAGUCAGAAAAGCAGCAGGCAGUAGACGAGACCAAAAAGAAACAGUGGUGUGCUAACUGCAGGAAAGAGGCCAUCUUCUACUGCUGCUGGAAUACAAGUUACUGUGAUUACCCCUGCCAGCAAGCACACUGGCCAGAACACAUGAAGUCCUGCACACAGUCAGCCACAGCGUCGCAGCAGGAGACAGAGGCAGAGCCCAACUCAGAUCCUUCAGCCAAAUCAUCAGGACAUUCUCCUUCCUCACAGACCCUGCCCUCAGCAGCAGGAUCCAUAUCAGACAAAAGCAACUCUCCAACAUAUAUGGACAAGAGCAAAGACAGUGCAGGCGUUACUGUGACCUAACUGCUACACUACAGAUACACUCGCACAUUUCACAAGGAUGUGGGGCUUAUCACGUCAAAGUUAAAGCUUGAAGGCCUGCACUUCUGUGUCCAAUCACUUUAAUUUUUCCAUUCCCAUUUGUAUAUCUACUUGGUGGACAUUUUUUGCUUCAUCUCUCAUCCCUCACUUCUUCCACAAGUCUUUGUACAGGUGGAGUCACCAUGUGAAAGUAGUCUGUCUUGAGAAAUAAGAUGUGAUUCUGUAUGUUUUCAUACUGUAGUUUUGUUAUAGCUCUGUUACCACUUUGUUUCAAGUCUGAAAAAGAUUGUAUCAACACAUAGAAUAUUUGCUACAUUAACACUUUUCGGUGCUGCUCUUAAAUACUUCAUGGUUGUUUUAUUUUGUUGAUUGCUCUCCAUAUUAUGAGACAAAAAAAACUGUAAAAAGCCAGCAGCAUUUGAUACCCAUUUAUCAUGUUGCCAUCAGAGGUAUUUUGAGUUAUGCAAGUUUCAUCUUUGUUUUAAACCAUGUCUGCUUUGUGCCAUCUGAGGUAUUUUGAGUAAUGCAAGUUUAAACAUCUUUUCAACUAUGUUCUCUUCAUGUGAGCGGUGACAUUUUUGGUUUGAAUACCAAUUUUGUAUUGUAGUUCCACAUUGUAUAGGCCUACAUAAAUAUCUGUGAUUUAUUGAAAAGAACUAAAAAACGUUAAACUGUACAAAGUUUUUGUAAGGAAAUACCUGAACAAUAUUUAUAGUGUUAUAUGUUUUUAUAGUAUGUUUAAUGAAAUCACAUUUCUAUGUGUCUAAACAAAGUUAUUUGAAAAUAAAUUACUUCACAUGAAUGUCAGCUCUGAGCAAAUUCUCUCUUAAACCGGUCAUUCAAAGCUGAUGUAAACCCUGAUCGGACUGUGUCUACGAACAGGGUAGAAAUAAACAGAAACUGCAUUUUGGUGCGAUAUUUCCUGUGAGCAUGUCUGUUUUGAGCUUGUGUCUCGUUCGUGUUUACAUAGUGUAAAUACAGUAAAUGGACUCGUCAAGAAAAAAUAAAACUGCUCUGAUCAACUUA